GACAAAAGCAAACAGAACUUUGCUGAUCAAUUUCACUAAAUUAACAUAUUUCACCAUGGAUAUCACGCCAGGUGAUGGCUUUGGUCGCAGUAUAUUACCUAAGGUUCCCGAUCCUCAAGCAUUGUUUCCUCUCUCCGGUGGAUCAUUGUUGAAAUUUCACCGAUUUUUUUUUUAUUCCAUCGCCUCAGGUAGGCCUCAGCAGUGAAUUUGACUCAGUCACUGUUGUCUUAAAUUGACUGAAGAAUUUUCUGAUCGAGAUUCGUAGUCAUGUCUAAAGAGAGUUACUUAAUGAUGAUAGUCUUUGUUGGCUGUUUGGCCGCUGUUGUCUACAAACAACACGAAGGAAUCGACGUCAAAUCGCUCUGGGGAAGGUUGCUUCAAAGACUGGUAGCAAUACACGGCGAAAUACCCUGUCAAGAAGGAGGCGAAGACGAUUAUUGUGUGAAAUCAAAUUUCGAGGAAGUUUCGAAAGAUGAACCAUCGACUAAUGCUCAGGAUAUAAAUUCAAAACAUAGUGAUGAAAGUAAAGUUUUCUUUGAGCCAGAUGCAACAGCAACUUUCACAAAAGAACAGGCAAAUACAAGGCAAAAUGGAAACAUUGUUUCAGAAGAAAAGAAAACAUCAAACAAUCAUGAAAACAACACUAAGUGGGGCCAUAUGAAAAAACUGGGCGAGCAUGGCUCAGUAAUCAUUGAGGGAGAAAUUGAAGAACUUAGUUUUGUUCCUAAUGGCAAAGAUUUCUAUGAACACUUUCUACGAAAACGAAGGCCUUUGAUUAUGCGAGAAGCUAUAAAGAACUGGCCCGCGGUGAAACAUUGGGCAAACGAAAGUUAUCUACAAGCAAAAUACGGCGAUGUCAUCUUCGAUAUUCAGCUUACUAAAAAAUAUGAAGGCGAAUUCCCCGCAAAGAGAACGAUGAAUCUCACCGAAUUUCUUCAAAUUUACAAAAGCAAACAGGUCUAUUUAGAUUGCCCGUUUCCCCACAGUGAUAUGAUCCAGGAUAUAUUUGUACCAUAUUGUUUGCAGUGCGAAGAAAUCAUGGAAAGUAUUGCCAGUACGCAUUUGCUUUUUAGCAGCGGAAAUACAAGCUCCAGCUGCCAUAUGGAUGGUUAUGAAAAUCUGUUAAGUGUUAUCGCGGGGAAAAAGGAAGUUUUGGUGGCAGAUCCGAAGUUUGUGGAAUAUUUUUAUCCACGCAACCACACGACUGUCAAUAUUGAAUCACCGAUCGACCCUGAAGCAGUUGAUUUGAAGAAGUUUCCUAAACUUGCUGAAAUUCCCUUCCACAAGGUAAGCCGAUGAAGAGUCAAACUACGUUUUUUUAACAAUCAUAAAUAUUUUAGCAACCUAAGGAAAAUAAAGUUACUAGUAUUUCUGAAGGUACAGAAGAGAAGGAACAACAGUGGUAAUACAUAUAUAACCAGGGUUGAAUGCAAUUUAAUUUGUGCGGCUGUGACUGUAACGUUACGUUUAUCUCCGCUGUCGUGACUAUAAAGACCUUAUUUAUUAAUUUUUCGCUGCUUCUCGGUACUACAUGCAGUUAUGCGCGUUUGCAUUCUAUAUUUCUUACAAGUCAAUACAUGUAAAUAUUAACAAAGGAGGAAUCUUCUCUCUCUCUCUCUCUCUCUCUCUCUCCCUCCAUUAGCAAAGAUAAUUAAGUAUAACGCUUGGUCCAUGGACAACGUUAUUUUCUAUUGAUAUUGUAUAAUUAAUAAACGUUGAAUAAUCGUAAGCCGUAAUAUAAAACCGUUAUAGUUUCAAAUUGGAAAGUUGAAGCUGGUGUUAUAAUUUAUAUUGGUUACAAAUAAUCUCAAGAUUAUACUCAUUCUCUCUUGAUUAUAACAACAGGAACUUGACAACAAAUGUGUAACAGAGUAACCACAAUAGACAACUCCAUGUACUAGGCCAGUCCUGAUCGUGCUCGGCAACUUUUGAGCAACUUUUGGCGUUUGAGCACUUUUUGCCGUCCCACUAGCAACCUUGUGCAAGUUUUGCAUUUCUGAGAAAUUUUUUUUUUUUUUGGAAAAAUACAGGUUUAGGAGACAUAUCCUUGAAACUACAGCAAUUUCAUUUUUGCAUUAAAUAAACACAACUAAACGAAGAAAGAAAAUUGCUCAAUUAUAGAGAAAAGAACAAUCAUACAAUUUUUUUCAUGAAUAAAUUAGCUAGGUAGGCUUUAAGGAAAGUUCAUUUAAUAUGACAAGGGGGGAUGAAGAUAUUGAGGGGGGUUCUCGAAAAUUUUAAACACCCGAAGGGGGGCUCUGAAAAAAUUGUUGCGCUAGGGGGGGCUCCGAAAAUUUGUAUACUUCAAAACCAACACAUGACAUCAUCAUACAGAUCGGAUGGUUUUCAACUCAACAAUUUAAUGACCUAUGCAGCUCAGCUAUAUCACGUGGUUUACAGAAUAACAAAUGUAGUCUCAGUAAUUAUUACACUCUUGUUCAUCCCAAAAAUGCUUUAGAAAAUUGUAUCACAACUGUAUCUCAAGUUUGUCAUAGUAUAAACCAUUGAAGACAAUAACGGUAAAUAUAUUUAAUACAGUCUAGCGAUUUUUUUCAGGGGAGCAAAGGAAUUGAAGGAGGGGGGGGGGUUCUGAAAUUUUUUCGACUACCAAGGAGGGGCUCCUAAAAAAUUGAACCACUAGCGAGGGGGCUGCUAAAAUUUCAAAAUUUCAAUAUCUUUAUCCCCCCUUGUCAUAUUAAAUGAACUUUCCCUUAGGAGACAUAUAUUUCGUAGAAACUACAGUUUAUGCAAAUUUCAUUUCAUAAGAGGCCUCAAACGCAAUCAGCACAUAAAUAAACACCAGUAAACGAAGAAAAUAAGCUUAAAAUAAAAAAAAAAUCGCUCAAUGAUAGAGAAAAAGAACAAUCAUACAAUAUCGCAAAAAUCUCUCUUUUAUUAUGAAUAAAUUAGCUAAGUAGGCUAAGUAAGCUUGGGUAUGCUAAGUUUCAAGCUGUUCUCUUGACCGAUGUUAGUAUAUCGUGGUGAAGAACGAAAAAAUAAAGCUUCUAAUUAAUGUUUGGGUAAAAAUAGCAAGAAUUAUAGGUAGAAACGUUUUGGAUUUUUGGCAAUUUUUUAACAACUUUUUGGCAUUCCAGUAAGUAACUUUCCAGCAUUUUUCGAACACAAUCGGUACAGGCCUAAUCCUGGCGUAUGAUAUUGCAGGCCUUCUUCGGGGCCCAUGCAUGGGACAAAGGGUGCGUGGAGGAAAAACUGUUAUAUGUAGUAAAAUUAAAACCCGGACACCUGACAGAGCAGCCCUAAGGAUUAAUUGCGGUAUUGACCCAAUCCUAAACAAGCAACUACACCUUCACCGGAAAAAAAGGCAAUUACUAUACUGUAAUUUCAAACCUAUAAAUCAUUCGCAGUGCCUCACCCUAUCCCCUUUUAUGCCUAUUAGUUAUGAACAAUGAUCUAGACUGAUUAGCGAAAGGACACUGAAUUCAAAAUUUGUGUUUUGAACUAAAGUAUUUUAAUAUAGGCCGGAUCACAAAUUCUACACGAAGGUUUUGUUGUUGUGGUUUGUUUAGUUAAUUAAAGCUGGCGCGAGAAAAAAGGAAAGAAGCGUCAGUAGACUUUAUUUGGAAAAGAUUUUUAAGUCCGCCUCCUCUACGCCAACGUCUCGAUCACCUUCGCCUUCACCAUACCAAUUAUUGGACCAGAAAUAUUGAAGAAAUACUAUACAUAUGUCCUCACUUCUUAAAAAAGCCGAACUGUGGGUAGUCGGCGCCAAAUUAGUGUUGAUAUCCACUCAGACUAUUUCAAAUCUGAAAGCCGAGCCAGUGGAAAAAGGUAGAAAGCUAAACAAACUGAUCGAUCCAUUCAUUUUUGGCUUCUCUAUCCACCCGUUUUGGUAAUCAAUGUACGUAGGGGUAGACCACAUUAUUGGUAAAACGCUAACAAGAGCAUCAACACAUGCACUAAUUCAAACCAUCAGCUAAAGCUAUGCCCAUGAACUUUCACUUUGUUACGUUUGUAACGGAAGUAAACCACUGAUGUAAGGUCACGUUUCAUUUCAAAGCACACCGUUUUCUACCGACUGAUUAGCCAGUUUUCACGAAUGUCCAGUUUUUACUUCCAUUCGAACCCUCAAAAAUUCAUCCCAAACUGUCUCGAUGAAGCUCUCAAAGCAUUUGUUCAAAACUUCACUAACUUCAGAACGGCUAUUGGAGGAACAGGUUUUUGUGAACGAUUUUGGAAUAAAAUCCCAGUGUAAUGAAAUAAGAUCAGACCUCAACUAAUAAAAUAGGCCACAAAUUCAUUAGGUUAGUUUAGGUUGCUAUGACAGCUCUGAUGUCAAUAUAGCAUUUGUCAUGACAUAUUCGUUCAUCUUCUGAAACAGUUAUUGUAGUAAAAAUUUCCGUCGCUUCUCUUGACAUUCUUGAGCAUUCGAUAAAUGUAAACAAAAGGGGACUCCCCUCUUAAGUAAACAAUGAGCGUGAAAGUAUUACCUGUAACUAUGGGCAACUCUAUGUUCUAUUACGAAUUAGACUGCAAAACAGUCGGUUUUUUUCUCAAAAUCAGUAAAGCGUUUCUCCCCAGUCUCGCUCUCUGUUUUCAGCCUUGUUCGAUUCGAGACCUUUUGUUUGACUGCUCGCGCGUACUUGAAUACGCAAAAAUACGGACUGUUUUGCAGUCUAAUUACGAAUGUAUAAAUUAAUAAAUAUUUUUUUCAAUUCUUGAUCAAUUAAUUGAUUUGGAUAAACAAUGAAUUGGACUGCGCGCAAUAAGGCAAUUAAUUUCUGAGCAAAAUCGUUAACGUUUGGAGUUGGUUGUUUUCAAAACCUCAUUCUCAUUCCCAGUUUUCCAGACGCGCUCUCGGCAUCAGGCCACCGCAAUAUCUCUUAGAACGCCUGGAUCAUUUUGAAUUCUUUGUCUAUUGAGUUUUUUUUUCGUGCGAUUUCCUGUCUCAGCUGUUUCUCCGCUCCCAGCAUAAUGUAACCAAAGAGGAUCGCUCACCCGCAAUAUUUGGAAACACACGUUUCUUUGCUUGGGAUUGGUCGUCAAGUACUUUCCAAGGAGAUUAUUUGGUUACAGAAGUAUUCCUAGUCGAUAAAACAACGAUCGACCGCUAAUUAAGACAGGUGACAAAUACGGAAAAUGAGCGCGGCAAUCGUUUAUUAGACUAGACAAUUUUUAAAUUUAUUUUCCUAUUUUGCUGAACAAGUUGAGUAUAAUAUUAGAGUUGUCCAACUGUAAUCCCUACAAUUUUUUUUCCGCGGUAGAUUUGGCUAACGCUUUAGUCCGCCAAAAUGUCAAAAGUAAUUUUUGCAGUUUUUCCUCUGGCGGUGUUGUUGUCGAUGGAUGUGUUAAUCAUACAACACAGGAUGGUAGGCGCUCAUGAGGAUGUUGUGCCUUUACCAAGCGAAAACGCGCCAGACAAGAGCACCUUCGAAGGAACAUCCGUUAUCAUUAAAGAUGGUGAUGAGAAUGAGAGAAAACUGGACGAGAAAAUACUCCUUGAUGACGCAUCUUCUAAAGAAGAAACUGUUUUUGAAGCAGUGUAUGAACUUAGAGGUCAUUUGAUGAAGCUAGGAGAGCAAAGCCCAGUUAUCCUUGGUGAGGUAGAGGAUAUGAGUUAUGUUCCAAGUGGGAGGGAUUUUUACAGCCACUUCAUAAAGAAGAGGAGGCCGCUUGUGAUGCGAGGUGCUGCUGCUGAUUGGUCUGCUGUGAAAUAUUGGGCCAAUGAAACAUACAUGAGGGAGCGAUAUGGUCAUGUGGCCUUCGAUGUAGAGUUUACAAAGCAUUAUGAGAGAAUACCUCCCAUGAAAAGAACAAUGAACCUAAGCACAUUCUUAGAUAUUUUCAAAACCAAGCAAGUUUAUUUGGACUGCCCUUUUCCGCAAUCUGACAUGACAAGUGAUAUAAUGGUGCCUUAUUGCCUUCAGUGUGAGGAGAUAAUGCCAAAUAUACAGAGUAUUCAUCUACUUUAUAGCAGUGGUAACACGAGCUCUGCUCUGCACCAUGAUGGCUACCACAAUCUGCUCACUAUUAUUUCUGGGACAAAAGAAGUUCUCGUAGCGAGUAGCGACAGUGCAGAAAAAUUGUAUGCUAACAAUUACACAACUGUGCCGGGUUUGUCACCGGUCAAUCCUGAGUCAGUAGAUCUUAAAAAAUUUCCCAAUGUUUCCAAAGUUGCUUUUCAUAAGGUGAGAAAAGCAAUUUUCUUUUGUAUUUCGUAUCACAAUGCACCACAAAAUGUUAGACUAACAAGAGACUCAUUAGUCUUUCAUGGGUCAGUUCUUUGGAAUGGAGUUGAUAAAAAUGACAAAAUAACCAAAUAAAUUGUAAUGGAAUAAAAGCAUGACUUACUGCCCAAUAGUAUUUUAUAAAUUUACUAUACAUGAAUGUACUUCAUUCUUGAAAGUUCAACUGCCUUGACUUUCUGAUAAAGAGGAAGUGACUCUAUGCAUUUCUUAGUAGAUCACAGGGCAUUGGAUAUUACUGGCAUGUGUAAAGAAAAAAAUUGGGAUAAGGAAGAUACAACCUGACCAUACAGAGAUAAAACAAUAGAAAAUUUUCUUGCCAAAAAUGGGUUUCCAAGCAAACAUGGAUCACUAUUACUCAAUUACUUACAUUUAUUCAUAGAAAUUGAUAUUUAUAGAUCAUAGAUUUUUUUUUAUUUGAACUACAGCAAAUAUUUUAUAGUAUAUAAUUAUUGUAAUAUAAUGUAACUGAUAUGGUUCAAUUUUAUCCUUUGUUUGAAUUUUAUUUCCCUUUGUUUUAAACUCAUUAUCAUACAUUACCAUUAACCUAAGAGCAAAGGGAAAUAAAAUUUAAGAAACGGUCCAGAUAAGAACGAUGGCAACAACGGCAACGAACAUGUUGGAAUGCAAAAAAGGUGCUAACUUUUCUAUUGUCUGUACUUACUUCUGAUUGGCUUAAACAGCAAAAGUUAACAAAACUUCAUAAAGCAGUACAUAUAUUCAUCCUUUAAUACUUUCCAACCAUAUUCCAUGUAACAAAAUCUGGUCUCAGUUUGAAUAACAAAGAAAUCCUAUGAGGGGAACAUGUAAAAUUGUAAACUUUUCUUGGCUAUUGUUUUCAACUCUUGUUAUUGGUCAGAAUCUUUUAACACAAAAAAAACACUGUUUCAAAGUGGAAUGUAAAUGUAUUUUAUUGCGUAAACGGCCUUCAGGUAGGUUUAUGCAUUCUCUGUGUAAAAAUAAGAGCAUUUCUAUGUGGGGAAAGCACUGUUGCCACAUAACAAAAGAAAUUUCUAUCCACCUUACCCGGAUCAUUACUUAAACCAAGUAUAAAAUUGAACCACAACAUAGCCAUGUGCGUAUGACCACUACAACCUUGAUUGCAUGUGGUCAUUUUAUGUGUGAUGGGAUUGUAACUGCAUUAAUUUUUCUCCUCAGGUAUGACUUUCUGAAGUAAAAACAAUCAUGUGGUAGUCAGAAAUAACUUUCUGGAUCGCUUUUGAAUUUUAGGUUGUUUUGAAUGCAGGUGACAUUCUAUACAUCCCACAGCACUGGUGGCAUCAUGUUCGAUCAUUUGAUUGUCCAAACAUUGCAAUCUCCCUGUGGUUUCAUCCUUUUAAACAGACAGAAGAUGAUGACGAGCUUUUACCAGGCGAAGAAGACGGCGUAAGGAAAAGGAUAUUGUACCAACUUACUAUUUACUUGCCUUAUAUUUGUGUCGGCCCUUGUAAAACCUGGUUCUCAUAUGCCACUGAGCUACCUGCCAGUACUGCUCGGACACUCUUCCAAUAUGAGAACAGAAGUCGCCAGCAACAGAGGCCAUGUCAGUCUUUACUGCCGGCACGCAGUCAAAGUUGACUCAAGUUCCACUUCACAAGCGUGCUCAGGCGGUAAAUACCUGCGGUUUUUCUUGUUGCCGGUGGGGUUGUGUCUUCAUAUUGCAGGCAGUACCAGCAGGUACUUCAGCAGCAUAUGAGAACCAUGCUUAAGGUAAUCCAGAUUGCUAGACUGAUACUAAGCAAUUAAACAUGUAUGCUAAUAGCUAUAGAUACCCUUCUUGACAGAUCUGUUCUUAGCUUAGCAUUCAUUUCUUGGUUUUUCAUGCUGCUAAACUGGGGCACCCAACGACUGUUUUGUGUAAAAUAUCUGUUUGGAGAACCAAAUAUUGCCUAGAAUUUUCUACUGCUCGAGGACAGUUACAAAUUUCAUGUACAAUUUUGGAAACGUAUCUAAAAAAAUUCGCUACAAUUUUCUGAAGCUUUAUCUUUCACAUUUUACUCUCCAAGUAAUGCUUUUUUUUCGUAAAAAAAGGAAAUGUAAAAUUUUUGGAUUCAAAUUUUUGAUUGAGAUAGGAAUCAGAAAAAUUCUCACAUUUGUGUACGGUAAAAUGAUAUAUUGCAUCAGAAAAGUUUCGGAAAAAUAAUACUGAAGUCCUUGUAAUUUCAGAAAGACGCAACCUUCCCUAGGAUGUCCAAACUGAUAAAAAUUUUUUAGUGCUGCUUAGAAUGUAUUUCUAUAGAUCUAAAACUACACUGGAUAGCCUAAAAAAGGUUUUCAAUGGAUUUAGGAGGAAAUAGUCAUUGGGUGCCCCUGGCUAAUGCGGUAAAAGGAUUGGAAAUUUCUUUAGUGACAAUCAUAGUUAAUGUCCAUUUUUUUCAUCAGACGAGUGACUUUGAAGAUGUAGUGUACAGCUCAAAAUUGUUUGACAAAGUUGUUGAGACAUAUCCUGACACGAUCAAGUGCCACUCACAGAACAAGCCAAUCACAGAGGCCUUUCGUCCACAUUCUGAUGCAAUGGAUACACCUGAGGAACCCAUACAUGAAGGCCUUUUUGUUACUCUGUCCAGUGGAUACAAGAGUAAGGAAGUACUCUAUAACUUAUAUGCAUUUUGUGAAGAUUUUUAUUUCUUAGCUGAAUACUUGUCAUUGUGGAAAGUAGAACAUGUUCAAUUUUUGUUAUAAGUACAAAGUUUUUCAAAAGGCCAUCAAAAAUUGAUGAAAAAAAAGUUCAAUAGAAAAAAAAUAUCCAGCUACAGUGUGGCUCCCUGUUUGUGCCAUCCUUCAACAAAAUUCCUCUAAUGUCUAUUAAUCCUCUGAAUAAUCUGUGAGCAAUCUCUAUGUGGCAUUUCAUAAAUAUCGUGGGAAGUCACCCAUGAGCACCACUUUUGUGUUCUGUCGGGGCUCAUGGCUCCCUUCUCUCACCACUGAAAAUAAAGAGCUUGCUUGCAUGCUAUCCUCUGAAGAGGUUAUUGAAGCAGGGUUGUCACUAAGAUUCAAGUUGCCAGGUACAUAUAACAAGUAGGCAGGGAAUCAAACAGUUAGGGAUUUCUUUUGGUUCUGUUUUUCAUUUAUUUUCCAAUGAAAGUAGCCGGGGGGCCACAUUCAUAGUAGCUGGGGAAAUUCCCGGCCCCUUGGCUCUUAAUGACAGCCCUGUCAAAGUAUUUUUUGCUUAAAGUCACGGUUUUUUCAUGAUUUUAUCUAUUUCGCUAACUAAGGGCUUGAACUAAAACAAAGACAAAUGAUUUAAUUUUUUGAAACGAAAAGCUUCUUGUUUACAGGAUAAUCGCCAUUUUACAAAUAGAAGUGAUUAUCAAGCAAGACACAACCUCACACACAUUGAGACAAACUUGAAAACAAAAAAGCAGGCCGCCUUUUUUCAAGUUUACCUCAGUGGUCGUUUUAAUCUUGAAGUUUUGCCCUAUAAUAUGCGUGGUGUUCUUGAAUUUCUUUUGUGGCCUCUAAAAAUUUUGACAAAGUUACUUUAAACUGAACCCAAUAAGUUUUUCAAUCAGUGAUUUUUUGAUCGUUUCUGCUUGAAAUUGCCUAUAAUAGCGUGGUGACUUAAAGUGUGGCCUCUAGAACACUUGCAAACGCAAACUGAACCCAAUAAGUUUUCAAAGAAAACGCUGUCUUUUUGUCUUGUUUCCCUCCACAGUGCCUAAGCUUGGUUUUGGUACAGCUGGUUUGUUUGAAGACACUAAGUCAUCUGUUUUGUCAGCGUUGAAUACUGGAUACAGGUAUUUUUUGUUGUUAGUUAAUUUCAUCAUAUUAUUUACCAAUGUCUGGCCCAAUGAUAUUUGUGAUGUAGUAGUUGAGAAAAAAAUAAAUUAAAUACGAAGCAAGUAUCAAACGGGACCUCUGGCAUUUAACUGAAAGAUUAAACGCACAAAUCUUGAGAAACAAUCCCGCGAAAGCGCGCGCGAGCCCGCUUUCCCAUUCUUCUCGUGGCUUCGCGUGCUCCCUCGCGCUUCCCUCCACUGCCCCUCCCCAACAGAAAGUGCAAGCUACACGGGCUACUUUUUGAGCUCUGAGUUAAGUACGGCUGAAAGCUGUUGUGUUGAGUGCCAGGUUCUAAUCAUUCAAAGCAUUAACUGUUAUAGAGGACAAAUACGACUUAGAAGAUUAUGCAAUCUUGUAAAUAUACAAAAUUGAUACAUAAAUAAAAUGAAAAAUCAAGGAACUGGACAUCGACACUAUUACUUUCCCAGUUCUUCCGUUGGGAUUACUGUAAGUCGCAAGAUUCCCGCAAAACACCGCUAACGCGAAAACUGAUACCUCUUAAAAUAUAAUUCGGUUUUCUUCUUUAAAUGUAAAUGGCUUCUUUUUGAAGUACAUGGGUGUGCGCACGUUUUAACUCUAGCAUUAAACUGCUGUUUCUAAAACGUUUUCAGAAUGAUUGAUUCUGCUCAAGCUUAUAAUGAAGAACACGUGGGCUUCGCUCUGAAGGAAAGUGGAGUACCAAGAGAAGAAGUUUUUAUUGUUUCCAAAGUUCAUCCUCGUUUCCUAGGAUACGAAGAAACACUCAAAUCUGUCGAAGAGUCCCUGAAAAAACUCCAGGUACAGAUUUGAUCUAGCUUCUUGAGGCCCGUUUACAAGCACAAGUGAUUUUCGUACGAUGUUUGGGGCGAUUGUAGGCGCAAUUUCAAAUCGUUGGCCGAUUUUACCAAAAACCUGUCUUAGGGAAUGUGUUGACAAGUUCUGCGGUAAAUUCUGCAUAUAAAUGUAAAGCGACGGGAAAUAGAAAGAAAAUGCAGUUAAAUUGCAGGAGGAAACCGGCAUUAGCUUAACAUUCUUUAUUGAGUAGCAGAGACAGAUUUUUCUAACCAUUUAAUCCAGUAAUACACUUGAGCGCGAUCCUUUUUUGCAGUCUCUCUUGCAUUUUUACCUACCGCGUUUAAUUUGUGUACCUGCACUGUUUUAUUUAGUCAAGCUUGCUUUUUCUUAAAUGAAUUCUCUUUCUCAGUUUGGAGUUUCCAGUAUUUUUGGAUCACUUUAUUCUACGUUACUCGAAGCUGCAGCUUUACAUUUCUUUAAUUUUUGUCACUUUAGAGGCCUUUUAGUUUCGUCUUUCAAUGUUGCAUUUCAAAGGUAGUUUCUGCUUUUUCCUUUUCCGAGUAGUUUAAAAGUUAACAAGUCCCUUUGCAUCCCCUUGCAAGUCCCCAACUCAUUGCAGGUGUUUGACAGAUUUGUCCUGUGUUCUCCUAAACCUUCUUUAGUAUUUUUCGGACUUGGCCGAUAAGCACAUCCCAUACUCCCGGUGGGGAAUUCCUCUGGAAUAUUUGGCUGAGUGUGUGUACGGUAUGCUUAACUGAAACGGCGUUAUCAGUAUUUCAGAACCAAAAAAAUUAUCUUAUUUUCCCUACCCUCUUUAGACCAGAAUCCCUGUUCUCAAGAGUCAAGUUGUUUAAGAACAAUACCCAAUUUCAGGCCUUGGUCCCAGAGAGCACCAAACCACACCCUUUUUCACACCUAAACGGCUUAAUUCUAUACCCAGGAAGUGAGGCGACAAACACCGGACCCACUGGGAUUUCACCUUGGCUAGUGCUAACAUAUUUGUCGAUAAUCUUGUGUUAACUGUUAUAGGUCAGCUAUAUUGAUCUGAUGUUGAUCCACUCCAUGGAUUGCGAUGAGGGACCUGGUGCCCACUUGAUUUGUCAGAAGGGAGAACCCAAAGGAACUUGGGAAGAUUCAUGGAAGGCUCUAGAAUCACUGGUUGUCAAAGGUAAGACAACCGUUUUUCAAUAAUUGUUUUCUUUUCUUCUUCUCCCCCCCCCCCCCCUAAAUUCUCUUUUAGACUGAGUGCAAUUUACUCAGUUCAUUAAAGAGCAUUUUCAUUCCAGUUUAUUAAAGUCUCCCACGUUUUUCAUUCCAGCGAUUUGAAAUAAAAAAAAAAACCGGAUUUAUCAGUCUCCCCUUUAUUAAGUGGAGCACCAUGGGUAAGAAUAUUUGGUUUUCUAUGCAUCCGAGAAAUUUAGUAGUCACGUGACCGUACGUCCACCCGCCCGCCCGCGCGUCCUUUCGCACUACUGGCAUACCAGUGUAGAAUAACUCAUGGUAACUUAUGGCAACCCAAAUGCAACUCGAGGUUUUUGGCGCGAAAUCGCGUGGCGACCCGGACGUUUAGAGAGAAAAUAAAACAACAAAGUCGAGGCUUUUUUUACACUGACGUGGAUAACAGGGAAAGACCUAGAGCGAGAGAUAAAAAUCAAAGGAGACGAAUUUUGUUGCAAAAGCAACAUGAGAAUUUAUGUAGGCGGUCAGAAAAUGAGAAAUGCUAGCGGUCAGCAAGCUGCAGCCAGCAAGUUAAAAAUGAGCGGCAGUGAAAAGAUAGCAAACAGGAACACAAGCAACAAAACAUUUUUUUCCAUAAAAUGUGUAACUGAAUAUCGCGUUGUGGUCGUGCAAAACAACGGCAAAGAAAUGUACAAAAAAGUGUACUGCAUGUGCAAAGUUGUGUUUUUGUUGCUAAUUAGACUAUUGAUUUUAGCCGUUUUUCGCCGUUUAGCAUUGCUCGAUUUUAUUUUUUGUUUUAGUAAAUUAUAAGUAUAUUAACGAUAGCUUCGGUUUUAGCCCUAGCUGAAUCUAUAUAUUAUUUAUUUCUUUUUUCACUUCUUAUUUGUUAGAAAAUCUCUAUAUAGGGGGUCCUGAGGGAGGGAGGGAGGGAGGGAGAGGGGGAGGGAGGGGGGUGGUACCAAAUCCCAGUUCCCAGCCAAAGUUUGGUCCAAAUCCCAAUCAACACUCUGAAAUCCCAUUUUCAGUAUUUGCGGACUGAUGUGCGUAAUGAAGUAAAUACUUGAUUUCAAUCGCCAUAGUUAACUGGUCAUAUCGGGGAACACUUGCCAAAUAUAAUCAGACGCCAUUUUGAUCUCAGUCACACUCAAACAUGCGCAUGUUAUUCACCCGACAGCAAACUGCUGAAGUAACCAGACCAGCUAUCUGGGUGCAAAAAAUAAGAAUAACUGGUAUGACCCUAUGUUUCUACUGAAGUCUACUGGUACAGAAUAUCAUUUCUUUUAUUUCAAAAAAUAGACUCUUUUGAGCAUUUGUAUCAAAUAAUAUAGUCCAAGAUCGUGAAAGGAGAAAAACUCCUUUCCCAUUUGAGAAACUGUAUAGCCCUUUCCAAGUGGUUAAAUCCCAGCCCCAGUGCAGUAAAUCCCAUUUUCCCAGUACAUAAAAGUUUAAUCUCAGUUCUCAUUUUACCCCUUCAGGGCCCUCUUUAUUUACUUUCGUGGUCUACUUUCAACUUUUUUUUUAAGCUGAAGCCGCGGCAAACUUUUAUUAAAUCGGGUCAUAAUCAUUCUAGCUCUUUAUAAGCUCUUUUUGUUACAUAGGUGUAAUCCGAAGUAUUGGUGUCAGCAACUUUGAAGUUCAAGAUCUACGGCGUCUACUGGAAAUUGCUAGUAUUCAUCCGUCAGUCGUUCAGAAUCCUUUUGAUGUCUUCAGUCAGGAUCUCGAAACACGACAGUUCUGCGACAAAAAUAAUAUUCGAUACACGGGACACAGGUAUACAAAGCCUUUCUAUCUCUAUAAAGAGCUGAUUCGUAUAAUCGCACUUAAGCUCUACCUUUUACUCUUUAAAGUAGAUUUAAGAGAGAUAACUGCUAUAUCGUAAUACAAGAAAUUCCUGAAGUAUAGCUAACACAACUGGUACCAAGAAGUGAAAUCCUGGAAAGAGGCUAUUCUGGUACAUAUUGCGCUUACUAAGUGAACAUUUCGGGUAGCAUCAGGGUGGCUCGAUACGCCUUUACUGUAAAACACGAGUUGCAAAAAUCAACCUUUGAAAUUCAAACGCCAGUAGUCAUAGGUUUGGUUUGUUCCUGCUAGCAUCGUUCGAGGGUCUCUCUUCUGUCCCUAUACCAGUCCAUGUGUCUCUAUUAAAACAGCACUGAGUAUUUGGAAAUUCCAAGUAGACACCUAAACCUAUUCAGGCUAGCCCGAGAACAAGCUCCCAGUCUUGUGAAAUAUAUGGCGAAGAGAAAGGUAGAAAGCCCGAGGAGCGGGGAGGGGGGGCUGUCCUACGUCCCAAACCAUUCCCCUCGGGAGCCUUUUCACUGCCUGCUUCAGGGCUUCAGGUUAAUAACCAGUAAGACUCCAGGCUGCGAUACUGAUUAUCAUAUGUUUAAAUUGAUAAUUUUAAAAUUUAUCCCUGAAGAGCCCUAUGGGAUGGAUGCGACGCACUUCAACCGGAAGUAAGGCUCUUUAACGUUUCAUAUACCCUGACGCUAUUACAUUUGUUUUGCUAAGCGUCUUUACUUUUCUUAUCCAGACGAUUUGUCCAAAAAUUUUGGCGAAAAACAAUGCUCAAGAAUAAAAAAAGCCCACUUUCGGUUGACUUGCGUCGCUCAAAAACGCCGUUUCUGAAGCUCCCAAUUUACACUUGUAUAACAUUCGGCACACUAAUAUUUCAGGAGCCUUGGAAUUUUUUUGUGUUAUUCUCUCAAUGUUUAAAAUGAUACUUGAGAAAGAAAUCUGCGAGCUAAGUUCAAACUUUUACCUUCAAUUAACAGCACUCUUGGAGACUCGUGGAAAAGGGAAGGCAUGCCUCUAAACCCCGUACUCUCCGAUGAAGGUCUCCGAAAAAUCGCCUCCAAAUUCGACGCAUCUAUACCUCAGCUUGUGUUAAAGUGGUGUCUGGAGAGUAAUGUUAUUUGUUUCCCACGUUCUCGCAACCCAAAUCACAUCCAGACAAACUUUCACUUGUCUCACGUGCGGCUAAACCAGCAAGACCUGGAGUAUUUUGAAAGUCUGGAUGGAAAAAUAAUCAUUCCCGAAGAUGGUCCACCCUUCGAUUCUCGUGCAAAGCCGAGCAGUUCCGAUCAGGAAAUUGCCGAAGAAAGAAAAGCUGCAGAUGAAGGCGCAAGUAAUGAGGAGAAGAGUAUCAAUGGUAAAGUCGUCUUAGUAGAAAAGGUUAAUCUUAAGGAUUCAACAUUGUACCUUAGUUCUGAUGAUCACUGGAUUUACGCUUUUGACUCUGCAACGGGAAAAUUGAAAUGGAAGCAUGGCACAGCUGAUGAAGGCGGUUCGAAAUGCGUCUUCAACUCAGAAGGCAAUAUCGUGUACUGCGCAACAGACGACAAUUCACUUCGUGCACUCGACGCCAUCGACGGUUCCCUUAUAUGGAAAUUUUCCACCGGCGGCGCCGUGACGUCUUCAACUCGAGUUGGUACUGACGGCACUCUGUAUUUCGGAUGUUUGGACGGCUUUUUCUAUGCUGUCAACCCUGACGGCUCUUUAAAGUGGAAGCGGAACUUGCGCGAAGAAAUCUGGUCAUCCCCAGCUCUUCUCGCAGGCGGCAAAGCUGUAUUCAUUGGCUCGAUGUCCGAGGGUUCAGCUAAUGUCUUCUCGCUUAGUGGUGAAACAGGGGAGAUGUUAUGGUCGUACGAAACGGGCGGUCCCGUAUUCUCUUCUCCAGCAGUAAGCCACGAUGGCAGCUCUGUGUUUGUCUGCUCCUUUGACGCCAACUGUUAUGCGUUUGCUGUCCAAAGUGGCGAGAAACUCUGGACAUUCCAAGGGGACUCAAGCUUUCAGUCAUCGCCGGUUGUCAGCAAAGCCGAUGGCACUCUCUUUAUUGGGUCAACAGAAGGGAACAUUUAUGCUCUGGAUUCGACUACUGGAAAAGAGAAAUGGACACGGCAAGGUAAGAAAGUCAAAGUGAUAAGAUACCCACGAUCUUAAUAGAAAGUAAAUGUCCCGGUCGGAUAUCAAAAACUAAUAUCAACCGCAAGUUUAUCUUUUCUCUCCUAUGUUCAUCAUCAUCAUCAUCGUCAUUAUCAUUAUUAUUAUUAUUAUUAUUGUCAGUUCACACGGUUUUCUUGGUCGUCCACCCAGAUCAUUCAAUGGUAUCAGGUGAACUCCCGUCGCCUUAGGUAUCCAUCACCGUUGUUAUAAUUCUUGCUGUUACCAGUAAACAAGCUUUUUGUAAUGGCAGAAUACUUCCGUCGAGUCCUGCUUUCUUUAGAUACAGAUGGAAUCUUUUACUGAAUGUUCCGAGGGCACCAACGACGAUCGGUACAAGCACAACUUCUUUACAAUUCCACAGACGCUUCAUCUUUUUUUUUUCUUUUUUUUAAAAUUACUAUUGUUAUUAUUGUUAUUAUUAUUAUUAUUAUUAUUAUUAUUAUUAUUAUUAUCAGAUAUUAUUAUUGUUAUUAUAGGUACUUUAUUAUUGGGAUGUACAUAGAAAUUUUCAUUUUUUAGUUUAUAGACAGUUGUUACAACAUAAUAGCCGAGCCUAUUCCUAGGGCCCAGGGUUAGAAUGGAUGGAAAGUGUCUUUCGUACAUGUGAGAUGUUCCAAGUAGUGUGAUCCUCUGUAGUUCACAUUAAUAGGUGUGUACUAAGAACAAAAUUUGACUUGCACUCUGAUUCCAUGUAAGACAUUAUGUACAUUCAGAUUUUCUCGAUUUAGGAAAGUAAGAGUCAAUGAAAAUGAAGUUGUUCUUCUCCAAGCCGGCUCGGGUAUGUUCUUAGCAUGUUCUUUAUACUCUGGCAAAUUUCGGGCUGACACGUUCUUAUAAAAAAGGUUCUUUCAAAAUAAGAGUGUAAACCUCGAUAAUAGUGAUAAUAGUUUGAACAAAUACGGAGUUUUCAAGUUUUAUGCCCUUCGCAGUUACGUAGCCCAUAAUAGAAGCGGGUGAUAAGAUUCAGUUUGUUUCACUGUCUGAGUUAAGUUGCUUCAAAGGCAGUUUUCGAUCUUUGAAAAUUAAAUCGUUGAGUUAUUUAAGAGGCAUGUGACGCUCGUAUGCAAAAAAUUGCAAAGUGAUGAAUUUCUUUGGCCAAAACGAAGCAAACCGGGUUUUUAUCAGUUUAUUCUUCGUUUUCUUUUCUUUCCUUUCUUUGUUUACUGGGGUGUAAAAUUUUUGAAUAUUUAACAAGGCCGGUUUACACGUGCGAUAUAUUUUUGUGCGAUUGAUAUGGCGAGUUUUCAACCAAUUUUCAGAUCGGACUCGGUAAGUACCAGGAUUUUCGAUAAAGGGGCCCCUUCUUCACCCGUUCCGGUGCAGUGCUUACCGUGCGAGCAGAGUUUUCUUUCUGGCAUGGCUUUCAGUAUUUACGUAGUUGUUCGUGCCGUUUGUCAUUCGUUCCAAGAGAUGAAAAGAAACCAACUACGUGACUCACAAGCGGCACGAACGACUACGUAAAUACUAAAAGCCAUGCCAGAAAGAAACCUCUGCUCGCAGGGUGUCUCAGAAAGGAAAAUGAUGUAUUGUCUUGUGUAAAUAGCAUUAAAUUUCAUCCACUAGAAGUGUCGCUGCCUGCGUAGCUCAGCCGUGAUCGUCUAGUGGUUAGGACACUGCGUUGUGGCCGCAGUAACCCAGGUUCGAAUCCUGGUCUCGGCAUUUUUUUUUCUUUCCUUCUUUUAUUCUUUUUCUUUUUUUAUCCUACUUAUUUACUUACACUUUUUUUUCUUUUUUUAAUUUUCCAGUAAUGCACGUAUCUUUUUUAGUGUUCUUGGGAGAAAUCGAAACUCGGCUAACUGUUUUGACCGUCAGCAAACAACUUCCGUUCCUCUGUGAAUGUAUUCUUUGCCAGAACAAACACACGGGGAAAAUUCAGAGACUCUUUUUAAGACAAAACGUAAAUUAAAAUCAAAAAAAUUUAAAUUUAAAAGGGAGAAACGAGCCGACUCGCGCUUUCGAUCGUGCAAGCCUUCCGAAAGCCUGUUUAGAACGCAAACGAUCGUACGACAGUUUUGUCGCUCACUUUUACACAUCUGUCGGUCACUGCUACUUGGGAGACAUUCUGGAUGGUCCUGCUGUCUGUGAUAAUUUCUACAUUUUGGCUGUUUUGUCCAGUCUUUCCAUUCGCAAAACACUCUGCCUACAAGUUGCCUAAAAUCUGGAAUCCGGAACACGGAAUACGGAGUACAAACUGUAUUUACAUUUCCUCCAUCGCCAUGAAUUUGGAAGUUAUUUAUGUUAAGCAUUCGGAAAUGAGUAUAUGCAAGCAGUUUAUCACCAUAGGACAACUUGUACUCGUGCACCUACCCCGCACUCACUAAUAUAACUUGCCGAACAUGAAUUUUAUUUUUUUCGCAAUUUUCAGGCGAUCGAAGUAACCCCUCAACCUCGCUCCGUCGCGGAUGUCUCAAGCUGCAUGCCUCAGCGGCCUUGCCUUGUGCCUUCGUCCGCUUGAAAAACGCGAAACAAUAUUUAAAAAGGCUUGUCCUGCAGGUUAGCAAAAUUUCCCCCACAAAUUACACGAGCACCGUUCUAAUGUUCGUAAAUGAAUAUGAGUUUGAUUUCUCCCUGGAUUUCGCCGAGCCGUCCCUUUUAAGCCUACGAAUAUUUUCUCAUUGGUCGUUGAAGCAAAUUUUUUCUUUCUCACUUUUACAUGCGUUACGAGAAUUUUGUUAAUCCAUUUUUGAAAAUAUAGGGCAGUUUUUUGUUUUUUUCCUUUCUUUAAACAGGCAAGGGAGAAAUAUUUUCUUCACCGUUCGUUGCACCUAACGGCAAUGUUUACAUUGGUUCUGGAGAAGGAGAGGUUCUAGCUCUUCGUCAGGCUGACGGGGCUUUAGUAUGGAGUUUUAAGACGGAGUCAUCGGUCUGGUCUACACCUCGUUUGGAAAAAAGUGGCCUCUUGGUCAUAGGCGGUAUAGACACCUAUUUGUACGCAUUGCGAGCAGACGACGGACAGUUGGUGUGGAAGUACAAGACAGAUGGGCCAGUGGUGGGAACACCGCUGAUCACCCGUGAGCAUGCAGUGGAACAAAACUAAGACAUUUCAUUUUAAUUAAGUACACCAUCAUAAGACAAUAAAUAGACCAUUAUUAAUAAAUAUGCCUUACAGCUUGUACGCUUUGCUGUCCAAGUUUUGAUUAUACGCCACCAAGACGCCACUUCCUCAUUUCCCAUAAUGCACCUUAUUUGCCCUCCCCCCC